AUGAUUAGCAGGGAGAGAGACAGAUAUGCAGACAGGGAGUGGCAAAGAGACAAAGAGACAAACAGACACAGAGAGGGGCAUCGUUUGAAGCGUAAAUGCAGCAGCAGCAGCAGCAGCAGCAGCAGCAGCAGCAGCAGCAGCAGCAGCGGCCAUAGUUGGGGCUUCCCACAGGCACAGCGCAUGCAGCAGCAGCAGCAGCACUCCUACCACUACGCCUACGAGCCGCAGCAGCAGCUGCUGCACAGCCACCAGCAGCAGCAGCAGCACUACCGCCGGCAGCAGCACCAGCAGCAGCAGCACCAGCGGCAGCAGCAGCAGCAGCAGCAGCAGCAGCAGCAGUUCCGCUACAGCCCUGCUUCUUGUAGUACAAUUGCUCCCAGGGAUAUUUCAUCCAGCAGCAGCAGCAGCAGCAGCACGAGGAGCAGCAGCAGCAACAGACCUGAAAUUAACACCAACUGCAAACACGAAGCAGCAGCAGCAGCAGCAGCAGCAGCAAGAACGGCGGAAGCAACGGCAGCAGCAGCACAGGGAGGAGCAGCAAGAGCUUUUCAUCAGGCUGCAGAGUGCAGCCAUGAUGCAGCAGCAGCAGCAGCUGCUGCUGCUGCUGCUGCUGCAGUAGAAGAUUCACCAACAACAGCAGGAGCACCAGAAAGUGCAGCAGCAACAGCAGAAGGUGCAGCAGCUGCAGCAGCUGCAGCAGCUGCAGCAGCAAAUGCGGCAGCAGAUGCAGCAGCAUCACCUGCAGCAGCAGAUGCAGCAGCAUCUCCUGCAGCAGCAAGUGCAGCAGCAGGCGCAGCAGCAGCGCCCGCAGCAGAUAGUGCAGCAGCAGCAGCAGCAGCAGCACCCGCAGCAAGAAGUGCAGCAGCAGCAGCAGCAGCAGCAGCAGCUGAUGUUUACAAAAUGACCGAAGGCGAAGUUCGGGUGUAUGCGCAGCAGCUGCAGGCGCUGACGAAAGUGCUGCUGCAGAACUUGGGGUGUAUGUACACCACAGCAGCAGCAGAAAUCGAAAGAAAAAACAAAAGAUUAGCAGCACAAGAAAAAGAAAUAAACAAACUCAAACUAAUGCUGAAGCAGCGCAAGGAUAAGGGCCUCUAA